AAGGAGGGGGGUGUCGAGGGGGGUUGUGGUUAGAAGGAGCAGUAGCAGCAGCAGCAAGAGAAGAUGCUGAGGAUGCGAACCACGGGAUGGGCGCGCGGCUGGUGCUUGGGCUGUUGUCUCCUUCUGCCACUCUGCUUCAGCCUGGCCACGGCCAAGCAGCUGCUCCGGUACCGGCUGGCUGAGGAGGGCCCCGCCGACGUGCGGAUCGGCAAUGUGGCCUCGGACCUGGGCAUCGUGACCGGCUCCGGCGAGGUGACUUUCAGCCUUGAGUCUGGCUCUGAGUAUCUGAAGAUUGACAACCUCACCGGCGAGCUGAGCACCAGCGAGCGGCGCAUCGACCGAGAGAAGCUUCCCCAAUGUCAGAUGAUCUUCGACGAGAACGAAUGUUUCCUGGACUUCGAGGUGUCGGUGAUAGGGCCCUCGCAGAGCUGGGUGGACCUGUUUGAGGGUCGGGUCAUCGUGCUGGACAUCAACGAUAACACGCCCACCUUCCCGUCGCCGGUACUCACGCUCACGGUGGAGGAGAACCGGCCUGUAGGAACGCUCUACCUGCUGCCCACGGCCACGGAUCGUGACUUUGGUCGCAAUGGCAUCGAGCGCUACGAGCUGCUCCAGGAGCCCGGGGGUGGCAGUGGCAGCGGCGAGGGAAGGCGCUUGGGGCCGGCGGACAGCGCCCCCUACCCAGGGGGCGGCGGGAACAGCGCGAGCGGCGGCGGCUCCGGAGGCUCCAAGCGGCGGCUGGACGCGCCUGAGGGUGGCGGCGGGACUAGCCCCAGUGGCCGAAGCAGUGUGUUCGAGCUGCAGGUGGCAGACACUCCAGACGGCGAGAAGCAACCGCAGCUCAUAGUGAAGGGGGCGCUGGACCGGGAACAGAGAGAUUCCUAUGAGCUGACCCUCCGAGUGCGGGAUGGGGGCGACCCACCUCGAUCCUCGCAGGCCAUCUUGCGGGUGCUUAUCACCGACGUGAAUGACAACAGUCCCCGCUUCGAGAAGAGCGUGUAUGAGGCUGACCUGGCUGAGAACAGCGCUCCGGGCACCCCCAUCCUACAGUUGCGUGCCACCGAUUUGGACGUAGGGGUCAAUGGACAGAUCGAAUAUGUAUUUGGGGCUGCCACCGAGUCGGUGAGACGGCUACUACGCCUGGAUGAAACGUCGGGCUGGCUCAGUGUCUUACACCGUAUCGACCGCGAGGAAGUGAACCAGUUGAGAUUCACAGUAAUGGCCCGUGACCGCGGGCAGCCCCCCAAGACCGAUAAGGCCACCGUGGUUCUCAACAUCAAAGACGAGAACGAUAACGUUCCCUCCAUCGAAAUCCGCAAGAUAGGGCGCAUCCCGCUUAAGGACGGGGUGGCCAACGUGGCCGAAGACGUCCUGGUGGACACCCCCAUCGCCCUGGUACAGGUGUCCGACCGAGACCAAGGCGAGAACGGAGUAGUCACCUGUACCGUAGUCGGAGAUGUGCCUUUCCAGCUUAAGCCAGCCAGCGACACAGAGGGCGAUCAGAACAAGAAAAAGUACUUCCUGCACACAUCGGCCCCACUGGACUAUGAGACCACCCGAGAGUUCAACGUGGUCAUAGUAGCUGUGGACUCCGGUAGCCCCAGCCUCUCCAGCAACAAUUCCUUGGUGGUCAAGGUGGGAGACACCAAUGACAACCCUCCAGUCUUUGGCCAGUCUGUGGUUGAGGUUUACUUUCCAGAGAACAACAUUCCUGGUGAGAGGGUAGCCACGGUGCUGGCGACAGACGCUGACAGCGGGAAGAAUGCAGAGAUCGCCUACUCGCUGGACUCUUCAGUGAUGGGGACUUUUGCCAUCGAUCCCGAUUCUGGGGACAUCCUGGUCAAUACAGUACUGGACCGGGAGCAGACUGACAGGUAUGAGUUUAAAGUUAAUGCCAAAGACAAAGGCAUUCCUGUGCUGCAAGGCAGCACCACGGUGAUUGUACAGGUGGCUGAUAAAAAUGACAAUGACCCUAAGUUUAUGCAGGAUGUCUUUACCUUUUAUGUGAAGGAAAACUUGCAACCCAACAGCCCUGUGGGUAUGGUCACCGUGAUGGAUGCUGACAAGGGACGGAAUGCAGAGAUGAGCCUGUACAUAGAGGAGAACAGUAACAUUUUUUCUAUUGAAAAUGACACAGGGACCAUUUACUCCACAAUGUCUUUUGACAGGGAACAUCAGACUACAUACACUUUCAGAGUGAAGGCUGUGGAUGGGGGAGAUCCUCCCAGGUCGGCCACAGCCACCGUCUCUCUCUUUGUGAUGGAUGAAAAUGACAACGCUCCCACAGUUACCCUUCCCAGAAACAUUUCCUACACGUUGCUGCCACCUUCAAGUAAUGUCAGGACAGUAGUAGCUACAGUGUUGGCAACUGACAGUGAUGAUGGCAUCAAUGCAGACUUGAACUACAGCAUUGUGGGAGGGAAUCCUUUCAAGCUGUUUGAGAUUGAUUCCACCAGUGGUGUGGUUUCCUUAGUGGGAAAACUCACCCAAAAGCAUUAUGGCUUGCACAGGCUGGUUGUGCAAGUGAAUGACAGUGGCCAGCCUUCCCAGUCCACUACGACUUUGGUGCAUGUAUUUGUCAAUGAAAGUGUUUCCAAUUCAACUGUGAUUGACUCUCAGAUAGUCCGAAGUUUGCAUACCCCACUCACCCAGGAUAUAGCUGGUGACCCAAGCUAUGAAAUUAGCAAACAGAGACUCAGUAUUGUCAUUGGGGUGGUUGCUGGCAUUAUGACAGUGAUUCUGAUCAUUUUAAUUGUCAUGAUGGCAAGGUACUGCAGGUCCAAAAGUAAAAAUGGCUACGAAGCUGGUAGAAAGACCAUGAAGGACUUUUUUACACCCCAGCAGCACGACAAAUCUAAAAAGCCUAAAAAGGACAAGAAAAACAAAAAAUCUAAGCAGCCACUCUACAGCAGUAUCGUCACUGUCGAAGCUUCUAAACCAAAUGGACAGAGGUAUGAUAGUGUCAAUGAGAAGCUGUCAGACAGCCCAAGCAUGGGCCGAUACCGAUCUGUUAAUGGUGGGCCUGGCAGUCCCGACCUGGCAAGGCAUUACAAAUCCAGUUCCCCAUUGCCUACUGUCCAGCUUCACCCCCAGUCACCAACUGCAGGGAAAAAACACCAAGCUGUACAAGAUCUACCACCAGCCAACACAUUUGUGGGAGCAGGAGACAACAUUUCAAUUGGAUCAGAUCACUGCUCUGAGUACAGCUGUCAAACCAGUAACAAGUACAGCAAACAGAGCACUAGACAGUAGAUACAUGUUUGCUUAUUUGUUCUUCAGAACAGACUGGGGGAAAC